AUACCUUUUCUGGAUUUUCCGUUUCAUCACGUUGGUAUUUAAUCCAUCUCAUUUUGUGUAGCCCAACGUUACGAAUUACAAAUUUGCCUCAGAGGGCUUUAUGGUCUGUACAAUUUUUUUUUAACGAGACGAAACGACCGAGAUGGACAGAUUACCACGGAUGUCAUAUGUACAGAAUGAACAACGUAAAAUAUGUACAAUACGUUCAAUUCCUACGACCUAAUCAUUAGUAUUCCUAAUAAUGUACACAAAGCUCUGGUGAGCCCUACAAAGAGGUACAGAAUGUCACAGAAUGUCAGUGUGACUAAGCAAAUCUAUUAAAGACGAGCUUUAUUAUUGAGGAUUCAAGUGGAGUUUUGUUUAUUAAUACGAGUUGUUUACGAGUGCUCCAUCAAUCACAGUAGACGAUCUUUGUGCUGCACACGAAAGGGAAAGGAAGCAGCCCACCACCCCCCUCCUCCUCCCCCCUCCUCUCUCAUCUUUAGCUGUACCGAGUGUUUGAUCGAUCGGAAGCUUUGAGACGAGUAUCGUUUAUUCCUUGGUUUCAGGAAGCCUUCGAACAGAUUUUUGACCCCCCGUCCCCUCACGCGCACACCCGCCGUUGACCGCGAGGACUUCGCGUCGCGUGAAAUCGUUCCACUCGCAAGUUUUAUCGAGCCCGAGCGCACAAAGUUGUCGGGCAAGCUAGCUAGCUAGCCACCUAGCUAACCAGCCAGCUACUUCUCGGCUAGCUCACUCGCUAACUAGCUUGCAGAGAAGGAGUCGUCUUCGUAGACAGCUUUAUUUUUUGGGAGGGGGGCGUCGUUUUUGUUUUGUUGUUACUGCCACCGUUCGCAGCUUUACACCCCUGGAAACGGAAAACUUUCCUCGGUCGGGGUUUACAGCGGUAAGCCGGUUGCCUUCCUCGCUAGCGCGCUCGAUAUAGCCCGCUAGCUAAUACCCUGCGUAUUUAGCCUGGAAGCCAGUUGAAGGCCUCAGUCCAGCGCCACCGUCGGCUGCCACUACCAGCAUAGUAUUUGCAUUGUUGACAGCUUACUUGGUGACACAGAGACUUCUCCCUGAGGAGCCAAGAAGCAGACGGCUCAUGACUUCUGACCAGGACACGAAAGUUGUAGCUGAACCACAGGUGCAGCAAGUACAAGAGGCAAAAGAGAGCUCUCAUUUGGAAUCCGCCACGGUUUCGGACCUCAACCCCAAUGCGAAAGCAUGGGCCAACCACAUGUUUAGCCUGGACCCCAGCGGGAGUUCUGACACCACAACUGCCGCCCUGCAGCCGUGGAAGGAGGGCUGCAAUAGUUUGGCUGACCCCGGCCCAGAAGGCUAUGAAGCCAGCGACGACAAGGCUUUCAAGGAGCCCCUACUAGCCGACCCAGAUGAGCCUCCACCGGCGCCGGUGAUGCUGGCCGAGCCGGCCCCCGCGGCCCCCGUCCCCCUGGAGUGCUCCGAGCCGGCCUACGCGGAGUUCCCCGAGCCGGGGCCACCAGGGCGCACAGGCAGCGAAACCCAGCCAGAGAGUCCACAGGAGGGUCUGAGGGAGCACCUGAAGAAGACCUUGGAGUUCUGUCUCUCCCGGGAGAACCUGGCCAGUGACAUGUACCUCAUCUCCCAGAUGGACAGCGACCAGUAUGUGCCGAUUGUGACGGUGGCCAACCUGGACCACGUCAAGAAGCUCAGCACUGACGUGGAGCUGAUCGUGGACAUCCUACGAUCUCUGCCAUUGGUCCAAGUGGAUGAGAAGGGGGAGAAGGUGCGACCCAAUCAGAACCGCUGCAUCGUGAUCCUCAGAGAGGUUCCUGAGAGCACGCCCAUAGAGGAGGUCGAGGCUCUUUUUAAAGGAGACAACUUGCCCAAGUUCAUCAACUGUGAGUUUGCCUACAACGACAACUGGUUCAUCACCUUUGAGUCGGAAGCAGACGCGCAGCAGGCAUAUCAGUACCUGCGUGAGGAGGUGAAGACCUUCCAAGGGAAGCCUAUUAAGGCGAGGAUCAAGGCGAAGGCCAUCGCCAUCAACACUUUCAUGCCAAAGAACGGGUACCGGCCGGUGGAGGUGAACCCGUACGCCCAGCAGCGCUACACCUCCUACUACAUCCCGCCGGUGUACAGCCCGCAGCAGCAGUUCCCCCUGUACAGCCUCAUCACGCCGCAGGCCUGGUCGACCACGCACAGCUUCAUCGACCCCGCGCUGGUUUCACCAUUUCACAACAACCAGUUCAUCAACGGAUUUACCACAUCGCACAGUUUCAAGCCAGCGACGUCCCCGCUCACCGUGAGGCACUACUCCCCCAGGAACAGGAGUCACAGUAAACCGCACCUGAGGCCGACCCUCCCCGCGGUGGACCGCAGCGCCGGGCUCCUGGACAACCCGGGCCUCUUCCCCAGCUUCCCCAGCGAGCGGCUCAACGGCGUCCGCGGCAGCCCCCCCACGCGGCUCCCCGCCAGCCAGCCCAGGACCCGCCUCCCCUCCACCGCGGCCUUCCCCCGCAGGGACACCGCCGGCACGGGCCGGGUCACCGAGCCCACCGCCCCCGACUACUCCCUGGGUCUCGGGCGAGGAAGGAAAAAGAGGGACGAAAAGUUAAUAAGAGCGACACCCCAGUCGCCGCCGCCCCCCCCCAAACCCCCGUCCCCGAGCUUCGAGCUGGGCCUCUCCAGCUUCCCCCCGCUGCCCGGGGCGGCCGGACAGCUCAAGACCGACGACGUGUUCGACAGCCGGCUGGCCAGCAGCGUCGUGCUGGGAAACGCCAAGGAACGGAAUGUAAUCGCUGAUUCCAGUCCCGUUCCAGUCUCUUCUGCGGGCCCCAAGGAGCCCCCCCGGGCCUCCGCCCCCCCGAUGCCCACCAGCUUCCAGUCGUCGCCGACCACCCCCACGGCCUCGGCUUCGACCCUGACCCCGGCCGCCGCCCCGCCUCACAGCCCCGCCCCUUCCCUCCCAGCAGCGGAGGUGAAGGCGGUGAAGCCGGCGGCGGAGGUGAAGCCGAAGGAGGCGCCGCUGUCUGUGGAGCGAGUCCCCGGCACGCUGUCCACUGCAAGCAAGUCGGUGCAAGUCAACGGCGCGGCCACAGAGCUGAGGAAGCCGUCCUACGCCGAGAUCUGCCAGCGGAUAAAAGACUCCCCGACGUCGCAGCAGCCGCAGCCCCCCAAGGAAGCAAAGCCAGCCGGCGAGGACAGGAAGUGCCCCGACGCCGCCGCCCCCCCGACGGGGGAGCCCAGGGCCAGAGAGACAUACCCCCCCGCCUGCAGCAAGCCCGGCUCGGCGGCCGCCAGGCCCCCGCGGGAGGCCCGGAGGCCGGCCGGACGGUGGGCCUCGCCGCCCCCCCACACGGGGAAAACCCCCAGCAAAGAUCCCCACCACACCCCGCCCAAGUCCCCGCAGUAGGGCCAGUGCACCUCUCCCCCCCCCCUCCCCCCCCCCACUGCGCUCCAGAGAUGCGUUUAAAACAAGCGAAAAAGGAAAUCUAAGUCAGGGCUACUCGACACAGAACAGACGCCUUCUUUCUGGUUCAGGCUCUCCGGCAAAAAGCACUUUACUGUGUUUCAACCCCUUUGUUCCUUUUCAUCGGCUUCUUUUCAUUUUGCAUCACAUCGCUGUGUUGACCUGUAAGACGACACUGAAGUCAGUCAUUCUGCUCCAAUGGCCUUUUGCGAUUUAAUUACUCAGUGGGGCAUUGUCUGAAGCCCCCCCCCCCUCCCCCCAGUGCAUGGUGGGAAAGCGUUUGCGUACAGACUCCACCUUGUUUGGCUGUCACAGCGAGUGGUUUGUUUGCAUGUUGAGUGGCGCCGUCGUGCGACUUCAAGUAGCUUAAUUAUGGGUCGUAAUCAGCAGAUGUGCUUUAAUACGUCUUCAAAUCCAUAUGCAAGAAAAUCUAAAUCUCAUCAAGACUCACAAUCCUGUGGGUGUAAAUCUUUUUUUUUUUUUUUGCAGAUUAAUCCACACUAGCUGACUUAUGCUGGUUGAUGUUUUGCUGUCGUUGCUAUGGUAACUCCUGCAGCAAUUUCUAUUUUCUCUGUAAAUCACCAAAUCCUUCUGCUGUGUUGUUUUUUUGACUGUUGGCUAACGCGGCUAACGGGCUAGCUGUGCAGCAGAGCUUCUGUCUAUCAGCGCUGUUUUUUUGUUCUUUGGUGCGUAACACCGCUGCACUGAAACCUGCAACCAAAAGUCAUUCGGUGGAAGGUUGUUUCCGUUUAGUUGCUUGAAGACUUUUGGCGUUUGGGGAGAAGCUCCAUUUUCUUGGCAUUUGUAUUUUAUGGGAAAAGCAGUGAAAGUUCUCAUUUUCAUUUUCCUAUUUAAAAAAAAAAAAACUGUGGAAUAAAGGCGCGCACACACUGCCUCAAAGUACGAGGCCUGGCGGGCGGCGUUGGAAGUCCAGCGGUCGGGGGGGGACACUUGGGGCGGCCCACAGAGGAGGCGCGUGGUUCCGGUCGGUUCCCUCUGGACGUGGUGCUAGCCGUCGAAGCCCUGUCACUCGUCUGGUGUUUAGGAGGUCACUGGGUUCACGUCGACAGAGCGGCGUUUGCACUGUUUAUCGAAGAGAGAAAAAGGGAAUUGAUUGUGAACGUUGAGGGGAAGAAGAAAAAAAAAAUCCCAAAUGCUUGAUUGGGUCUUUGUCUUUGUGCCUUGUGGACGUCUGCUGGGCACCGGACGGCGGUUCCUCUUUGUUUUCGGUUUAGCGGCAUCAUGUGACCCUUUUGUUUUUCGCCGGAUGUUGGCUGAAGCAGUUGUUUCACUGCGGUGGUUUGGGGUCUUUGGUUCUGUAGCGGUCAGACUUUCCAUCGGGAGGAGGAUGCUGGUUCUGAAACUUUGGAAGUCAGAAAGUUUCACUGCAGAUGACAGGAGACGGUUAUUCUGUUUUGCCACGUGGGGGGGGGGGGGGGGGGGGGGUGCAGGGAGUCUGACAAAAACCUCCUCCAGAGAUGAAAGGAAACAGUCGACCGAGGUCCAUCGCCAUGAAGACGCUCGUCUGUUUGUCAGCUUGCUUCCUCCUCGGCCUCUUCAUCACUUUGAGUUGGAUGUAUUCAAAUGAAAGGUUCUGCUUCUUGGGUUAAAAAGUAAAAGCACAGAACCGCACAGACUCCGCCUCAAAGGGACGUUUGUCUGUCCUUUUGUCAGUGUGGCAGCGAGGGGUCGGAUGGAGGGUCGGA